AUGCCUCGCGUCACAAAGACAAAGGCAUCAGCUGUCGCAACCCCAAGACGCGCAACUCGCAGCACUGUUCGCGCCGGCAGCGCCAGUCUCGAAGAGCCCAUCGAGGUCCCCGCGCCCAGAAGACGCAGCUCGCGUUCGAAGACGCCAGAGUCCAAGAACUCGUCGUUUGAGAAGUCGCACCUCGAGCCUCAGCUUCCUGCUCUCGCCGAGGUCGAAGAGAAGCAGUCGCCUCGCGUCGUCCUACCACAACCCGUCGAGGUCGCUCCCAUCGUCGACGCAUCACCAUACGUCACUCCAUCAAACUACCGCAUCGCUGCCACGCGCAAUCCUCUACACACCUCGCCAGCCGCCAGCCGCAGUGCUCAACAGUCACCUGCUGUCAGCCAGAGUGCUCAGAGCUCACCCACGGUCAGCCAGCUUGUCCACCAAUCACCUGCCGUUAGCCGCAGUGUGCAACAGUCACCUACUGUCAGCCAGCUCGUCCAGCAGUCUGUCGAAGUCUACAUUGACGCGGACCAAUCUCAAGACGACCACGAGACCCAGAACAGCGUUGUCUCCGAGGACGACCAAGAAGAAGAAGCUGUCCAGGCUGCUGUCGAGUCACAGCUUGCCAACGAGACAGCCGAGGCUGGUUUGUCACACUCUCAUCCUAUCUCCCCUGUUUCAAAGACUCCCAACUCUGCAAGCCUUGCUGGUCGCACCUCCUCCAAGAGAAGACGCUCCGCUAGAAGCGGCGGCUUCCCUCGCACUCCCACCUUCAACCAAAGCCCAUUGUAUCACAGCCCGUUGGGCGAGAUCUCUGGAAACAUCCCUGCUUGGAAGGAAUACUUCCCUUCGUCGUUGUUUGAGUCAUCUCCACCUCAGCGUUCACCUGUUUCUGCUUUCACAUCAAUCCCGCUCAUGGAUCGCGCCAUUAAGAAUGAAGAGAUCCUUCCAGAGCUGACCGAUCGUCAACGUACAGCGCUCCUUGCCGACAUGCGCAGAGAGAUCUUGCGCCUGCGCAAAGUCGAGGAGCAAUUCCUCGCUGCCUCCAAGCAGUCGCAGUCUCCAGCCAAACAAUCUCCGGCCAAAGCAUCUCCUCAGCAACCUACCAUUCAUCAACCAUCACCCGAGAUCCCUCGCACUAUGAACCGUCUUGGAGAUCUUCGUUACCAAAGAACCAUUGCAACACCUGCCAGAAAGAGACUCUUGGCUCAGCGUGAGGCUGAGGCAGCUGCUGCAGCUGCUGCAGAAGCUGAGCAGGCCGCCAAUGAGCAAGCUGCCAGUGAAGAACAACAAAUCAACCAGACUCCUUCGCGCUCGAGCCCAUCGCCAAGCGAGCACAAGCGCAAAAACAAGACUCCUCAGAGCAGCACGCCCGAAGCUCAAACUCCUCAAAAGUCAUCACAGAACUCGGCAUCAGCUGAGACACCAGCUGCCGCCUCUCCAGCUUGGGGCCUCACUUCUCUCUUCGGCUCGGUGAAGAACAUUUUCUCACACCGUCCCAGCUUCUCGCCCGUCAAGCAGCUCCAAGAGCAGCCUCAAGAGCAACGUCAAGAGCAGCAACCGGAGCAGUCUCAACAAGCAGAGCAGCAGCAACAGUUUACACCUUCACCAUCCAAGAAUCAGAGACGCAUCCUCUCUUCUUCGCAGCAGAGCCCUACUCCAAAGCCUAGAACACCGGCACCACCCGCAACACCUGCCCAUGCUCCUCAGGAGGUCGAAAAUGAUGGCCUAUACGGUCAGACACCCAGAACCACUCGUCGCCGCGGUGUGCUGCCAGGUUCCAUGCCUCGCAGAAAACGCGACGCUCCUUCAAAGCCCAAAGAGACCAACGCAGACCUCAGAGCAUCACAACUCGAAGUAGCAGCCCAGAAGACAGCCGAGCGCGAGCGAGCUGAAGAGAAGGCCGCCAGACUCGAGCGUGAGCGUCGCGAGAUUGUGGAAGAGCUGAAGAAGCGUGAAUCGACCUACAAGGUCGGCGAGAAGAGAAAGAUCACUGUCAAUGUCGACGAUCUUGCAGUCAUCCCCAGAAAGCCCAAGGGUGCAGGCUCAGGAUCAUACGGUCUCGUGGACAUUUUCUUCGAAUAUGACGAUGCUAGUGACUUCGUUAUGAUGGAUGAAGAUGAGGUUCAGCUGCGCCCAGCUCCUGAGCACCCAACCAAGAGGAUCAGACUUGACGAGAACGUCUUCCAGCCAAAGACGCCCGCACCUCAACCUGCCACUACCAGUCCUGUCAAGGCAGCACCUCAACCACCUACCAUCCCCGCAACACCUGCUCCCAACUACUCGCAGCUCGCGCAACAAGCAAUCGAGAAGCAACGUCUGCAGUUUUCUAAGCACCAGCCUCAAAAACCUUCGCGUCUGCGUCAAGUCCAGCGUCAAUCAAAUGGCAGCACUCUUGAUCCAGCUUCGCCACAGCAGCCGAUCGAUACUGCACAAGACAUUGAAGAAGUCGCUGCUCCAGCCCAAGACAUCCAGGAGGCUGCUGCUCCUCUCCAAGAAGCUCAGGAAGUCGCUGCUGCUGCUCAAGUGCCCAAGACAACCGUAGCAAGAGUCUUCAAAUGGCCAGAGCUGGGACCACCAAUGCAGACACCCGAAACUUGGGCCAAGAUUGACAAGAUCUACACACCCGAGCUGAAGGCACUUGACCACGAGUACUUCAUGAAGAAGUUCGAGGCCGCCAUGGCCAACUCCCAAUAA